AUGUUGCGUUCCCUUCUGUCGCUAAGUGGCAUCCAACGCAACAACUACCUCUUCCCUACCGUCGAUCCGGCCGAGGAUGGCGCAGACUGCAAGAAAGACUGCGCGGAUUGCACCGCACAAUUCCCUCCAAAAGUCAAGAUCGAAUCUUUGACUCCUCUCUACGGACAUUUGAAACCUGUCAACACCCAUGUCUUAGUAGCGACGGGCAAAUCCGACUGGAAGCAGCACGUAGAGGAAGAACGAGGAAGCUUGAUGGAAGCGUUUGAUCGCGCCUCCGUGAAAUCCAAACAUGGGCGAAUUAUGGUCUCCGCAUCGAAUCUCCAGGAACCAGAGCAUGACACCGACAGCGAGACCCAGACACCGCCGGGAAGCACAGUCCUGCUUCUACCCUCCUUCACAUUCGUCGAUUCCGUCCAAAGCGACGACGUCAAAGAGCUCGUGGAUUGCUUCAUCGAUGCCCCCCAGUCCAGCGCCGACAGACAACCCGCCACGUCUCGAUUACCGUCGCGACCUUGCCAAUAUGACUACGUGGUGUUGCUCUGCUCUCACAAGCGACGAGACGCACGAUGCGGCAUAACGGCACCGUUAAUCAAGCGAGAACUCGAACGGCAUCUGCGACCGCUAGGCCUCUAUCGAGACGCGGAUGACGAACGGCCCGGCGGCGUAGGCAUCUUCUUCGUGUCUCACGUCGGCGGCCACAAGUUCUCGGCUAACGUUCUAAUAUACCGCAAGAAGGAGGAGCAGUUGAUUUGGCUGGCGAGAAUCAAACCCGAGCAUUGCGAGGGCGUGGUUAAAUAUACCCUUCUACAGGGGAAGGUGGUGCAUCCUGAGUCGCAGUUGAGAGGAGGGUUUGAUAGACAACGCGGGUUGACGAGUUGGUGA